AUGGACACUCGUCUCGCUUUUAAAGCGACUGGCUUUUUGCUGCUACUGGUGAUUGGUGUGCCAGGAAAUAUAUUCAUAUUAUCACAGUUUACUUUCUUGAGGAUCAUAGAAAAGAAACUUCCGCCGGCUAAUGUCAUCCUGAUGGUCCUCUCAUUUGUAAAUCUUCUUGUCCUCCUGUCUCGUGUCAUCCCUCAAUCCUUAGAAGCCAUAGGGGUGGAGAACUUACUCAAUGACAUAGAGUGCAAGCUUGCCCUAUACACAUAUAGAGUUAGUAGAGCUAUGUCAAUUUCUGUAACCAGUUUACUUAGCUGUCAUCAAUGUAUUCUUAUUACACCAAACACUGGAAUGUGGUCAUGUCUGAAACAAAGAAUGAUUAGCAAUAUUAAUACUAUCAUUCUAAUCUUAUGGUUUAUCAACAUCAUAAUGUAUCCCUACAGCAUGUCUAUAGCACGAGCUAAAGGAAAUUUUACAACAUCUCCAUACACGCUGCACGUGGUGUAUUGUAAUAUGGACUUCUUAAAUUAUUUUUCUUAUAUACUUAAUGGGGCAUUUAUGGCAUCCAGAGAUUUCAUUUUUGUAGGGUUGAUGACUCUUGCAAGUGGAUAUCUUGUAUAUGUAUUGCUAUCUCAUGAAAAAAUGAUAAAAAAUAUUCGGAGCUCAGACAGAAAGAAGGGAAGGUCAGUUGAGUACAAGGCUUCCAGAGCAGUCAUUUUGUUGGUUGCCUUGUAUGUUGUACUAUUUGGGAUGGAUAAUGCCAUGUGGAUCUAUACUCUCACCAUGUCUAAUGUAAGUCCUGAUAUAAAUGAUGCUAGAAUAUUAUUAGCUUGCUCUUACUCCGCCCUCAGUCCCUUGGUCAUCAUAGCAACCAACUCGAAACUGCAGCAGAAAAUGCAACGUUCACCAAAGAAUAGGUCACUUCAUUGGACUUCAUCAAAUAGCUCUCAACCUGAAGUACACAUUUACAAUGUCAGUUGA